GAUAGCGACUGACAGAAGGUGAUGGCGAGGGCGGAAGCAGUUUCACGUUGGCGAGCUCUGGAGCGUUACGUCGACCUCGCCUGAGUGUUGGGUUGAGUCUUCUAUUCUGCGGCUGUUGGCCAAAGCGCGUAGCACCCCCAUAGACCCUACACUGUUGCUAGUUGUGCGUUGUGCUGCAGGGUUUUGAAACUUUGAAAGAAGCGAAUAUUCCAUCUACUCGUGUCCGCUUCUUCUCUUAGCCCGGAGCAAUUUUCCUUCGAUAGCCGACAGGACCCGUCGCGAACUGGUACUGUGUUAGCGACCGGCUACAGCACGCUACGUCGACAUAAAAUACGUCCUGUGCGAGCGGUUGAUUUAUUGCAGUGUGUCAGGCCGGCAUUCUGACGGUCGUGAAAGCAGCGUGCUAGGCUUCGUCGGUACGACGGUAGUCGCUGCAUGCAGUAGCUGGCUUUGCGUGUCAACGUCAUGUCGUUUGGCAGUUCGGACCAGCCGUGGACCCCGUCGCGUGGUGGAUACUUACGCUACGUGCCCGCUUGCACGGCUGACAGUACGGAGAACGUCCGUAGCGGCGCUAGCGUGACGAAACAGCGUCGCCAAUCCGAGCAAUCCGACCCGGGAAGGCGAUACGACGUGCGUGCAUAUGAAGAAGCCGCCGCUCUCAUGCAACAAGGAGACCUGUCCCUCACUGUUCCUCCUGUCAGAACGAGAGCCGUCCCAACAACAGGAGCACCGCCGCUACCUAUCUCGGACUCUACGAGUCCACCAUCUCUCACCGCUGCGGCGCGUAGAAACAAGAAGCAGAGCAGGAAUAGCGGUUGCUGGCGGAGAUUCUGCGCUAGUCUCUCGUUCUGGAAGAACUCGUGCGAAAUUCCCCACAAGACACUACUGAAUCCCGAAAACCAACGCUCAGAGAAUAGUCCCGCAGACGCUUAUGGGACAGCAAGCAACCAGAGAACACUGAGCCUCUCUCAAUUGCCAACGGAGGGUAGGGAAAGCACUUCAACAACUGCCUCGGUGGCUGCUGCCACGUCCGCUGACGUUGUUGGUGGAUCCACUCUCUCCUUGACCUCCCUGUCGCACUCGCACGAUUCUCAGAGCUCCUCUGGACUGCGUGAUCUCUUGCCCGUGCUGACGAAAGAGCCUCCACCGGGAAAGUCGUCGACAAUGCCCGCUUCAGGACAGAGCUCGUCCUCGCAUCUACCCAAUGGCAGCACAGGUCACAUAUCCUCGCACAAUGCCAGCUCGUCACACUCCGCCAGCAGUGGCUACGUGUCUUCAUCAUCGUCCCACUACAAGACCAGCUCCGGUUCCAGUAGUCACUCGCACUCGCAGGGAUUGACCUCAUCUGGCCACUCGUCCGAUCACAUUUCCCGCGCACCCGGCUCAGGCACGUCGUCAGUUUCCGACUCUCAGAUGAGAAGAAUCCUAGAGGCAGCUACGAAGCCAGAAUCCUCGCGGAAGCAAGAUGACCCAUCAACAGCCGCGACAGCAAAUCGCUUAGCUGAUCAGUUUGACCAGGCGAUAACGAUGAGACCGCGAAACCGAUCUUCUGUUCCUGGCCCACGUCCUAACUCUUACCAAGAGGAGCCUCGACAUGCCGUUUCCUCAUCCAGAAGUCGCCACCAAGCUCCCCAGAUACCCAUGUUCCCUAUGUCGUCCGUCGUUGCACUGCAGACUUUCAGUCCGCGGCUGACGGAUUACGAGCAGGAGGAAAUCCUGGAGUACAGCGAUGUGCACUACCUGGGUCUAGAAGCCAAGAAGAUACCCGCUGCUCGUGGAGCAACGCAAAAUCACGGUUACGACGAAGAGAACGGCAGCUACAUAAGUGUGAUCAAGGAUCACAUUGCUUACCGUUUUGAGAUCAAGGAAGUCCUGGGCAAGGGAUCCUUCGGCCAUGUCGUCAAGGCGCUUGAUCAUCGCACAAACCACUACGUUGCAAUCAAGAUCAUCCGCAACAAGCGCCGAUUUCAUCAACAGGCCCAGGUGGAGCUGAAGAUUCUGGGCAACCUGAACAGAAAGGUACAGGACAAGGAGGGCGCGUACAAUAUCAUUCGCAUGGAGGACUCCUUCCAUUUCCGAAACCAUCUUUGUAUUGUUUUCGAGCUGAUGGGAAUGAAUCUUUACGAGGUUCUGAAGGCGAACAACUACCGAGGAUUCAGUCUGAGCGUGAUUAGAAAGAUCACGUACUCGCUGCUGCAGUGCCUGAAGCUACUGCGCCGUGAGAACAUCAUCCACUGUGACUUGAAACCGGAGAAUAUUCUUCUGCGUCCAAGCGGGCACAUGGCUGUGAAGGUGAUUGACUUUGGAUCCAGCUGCUACGAGCAUCAGAGAGUGUACACUUACAUUCAGAGUCGGUUCUACCGCUCGCCGGAGGUCAUCCUGGGCCUGCCGUACACGUGUGCUAUUGACAUGUGGUCGCUGGGCUGCAUUUUGCCCGAGCUCUACACCGGCUACCCGCUCUUCCCCGGCGAGAAUGAAAACGAACAGCUGGCGUGCAUCAUGCAAAUCAAGGGCUUGCCGCCGUCAAGACUCCUCGACAUUGCGCCGAGACGACGGCAGUUCUUUGAUUCUCAAGGCACACCCCGCAACCUGAUCAACAGCAAGGGAAAACGUCGCCCACCGGGCACCCGCUCCAUGGCCAAUGCCUGUGACACAUCCGAUCCGCUCUUCAUCAACUUCAUCCAGCAAUGCCUUCAUUGGGAAGCAAGCCAGCGUAUGCUGCCAGAUGAGGGUCUACGCCACCCCUGGAUCAUUCAGGGUCGUCUUCCUCGCACUCAAACCGCUGGCUAUGCGUCAGACUCGACAGCGGGCCAUGGUCGGAGUCGCUCGGGCACCACCGCCUCCAUGGGCACCAGCAGUGGAAGUAGCCGCAGCCAGCGUCACCACACAAGUAGUCAUGGGUCCUCGGCACACUCCUCCGCGCUGACCGGCAGCAGUGGCAGCAGCAGCAGUACUACGGUGGUCUCGUCGCCACGCACCGCACUGCAGCAUCGCCCACAGCCUAUCGGUGCCGAGCAGCCAUCCGAGCCGAUCACAAAGAGCUCCAAAUGCGCCAAGACCACGUCGAUGUCAAAUGCAACGACAGAGAAGAGCGCAUCACCGCCGCUUGACAGCAAGACACGCCACGUGAUCGGCGCAACAACGCAGGAGAAGAACGUGGAAAGCAGCCGCAAAGCCAGUGCCUCCUGGUCCAAUCCAAGUAGCUUCCUGACCGGCGACAUUGUCUAGGGCGUUGAUCAGAUGGCUCUUCUUUCAUUGUUUGUCUAUCAACUGUUAUCCGCUGAGUGUUAGGAGUAUUCUUCCCAGCAGCAUCCUUCCUCGGUUGCUCGUGAUACUAGCAGCCUUCCUCGGUUGCUCGUGAUACUUGAUAAUGCUAUUGAACCAUGCCGAGUGUACAUAGAUGUGCUGCGGACUCGUCCCACGGUCUGCAAGCUUGAGCUUCUCUCGUCAUCUACCCCCGUUGAUGCAUUUGAUGCCGCCCUGUGAUGGCCGCCACAAGCGCGUGCGUGUGAAUAAGUCACCUCCUUGCAUUCAUUCGGCCAUUGGAUCCGGUCACGGAUUGACACACUGUGCAAAUAGUGCUGCGCAGUAGAUUACUCCUAAUCUGACUAGGGCUAGUGUGCAGAAGGCUAGAAGCACUGGCUUGGCACUGCACACACACACACCCAUUCUUGAACAGCCGUAUUAUCGUUUUAGCUCACAUCUUUGUCAAAGACUUAGCUUAGGUUAGGUAGGCUGAUGCUAUCCUCGGGACUCCCUCUGCAACUGCUCAGCUAAGUACUAGCUAGCAGCAGUGUGCAUGCACUCUUUUCUUCAUAUUUUCUGUAAAUAGGCAGUAAUUUAUUAGGGUAAAUCAUUAUUUUGCAUUCUGCUUUUCGUACUCUUUUCUGUUACAUGCGUUUUUUGUGCAUGGCACCAUUAUCUGAUCUCCAACUUAAAUCUUUACAUUGCA